GUCUCUUCCAAGAGGGAAGCUGAGCAAGGUCCCCAGAGGGGAAGGAGUGCAGUGAAGAAGGAAAUUGAUUUACCCGGCAGGGUAAAAACGGAAGUAUUGGAGGUGAAGUCUUAGAAGAUGGAAAAGAAACCAACAGGGGAGAAGCAGUGGACGGAAAAAUACUGCUCCUUCCACAAAACUGACACCUAUAACACGACCAAGUGCAAUAGUGUUAAAGGGGGGAUAAAGCAGAUGAUUGAGGCCGGGGAAUUUGGCCAGGAGUACCUUUCCGAGGCAAAACAAAAAAAGAACCAAUGGGUUCGGCCUGAAGCGCAACCAGCUGAUCAAAAUAAGAAGAAGAAAGCAGCUGGUAAAGAGCAUGUGAAAAUGAUCUACGGUGGACCGGAGGGAGGAGAUUCUUCUUCUCAAAGAAAGAAGUGGGGGCGUGAACUCUAUGUGGGUUCAGUCGCCUUUGACCCCCGGCGGAAGCAAACCAGGCGGGAGCCAAUCACCUUCACCGACCGGGAUCUUCCCAGCACUGGGGAAGAUCACAAUGACCCUUUGGGCAUCACGAUGGAUAUGGGAGGAGUUGAUGUCUCCCGAGUACUCAUUGACACCGAUAGUAGUGUCAACGUUUUGUACCUAGAGGCCUUCGAGAAACUUAAGCUGUGUCGCACACGGCUUGAGCCAUUAAAAACUCCCAUGUCCGGGUUCACAGGAGAUUCUAUAGAAGCUGAAGGGACGAUCCUCUUAACAGUCGAGUUGGACACGGGGGACAAGGUCGUGCAAAAGCAAAUGAGGUUUGUGGUGGUGAACAUCAAAUGUGUUCACAAUGCCAUCUUGGGCCGGCCAGGAAUCAACAAAGUCCGUGGAAUCAUCUCCAUGGCCCACUUAUGCAUGACGUUCUAUACACUGGGCGGUAUAGGACAAGUCAGAGGAGACUAGAAAAAGGCCCGGUCUUGUUACCUCGAAGCUGUGAAGAAAAUGACAAAAGCGUUCGAGAGGGUAACUUUGGUCUCCUAGGAGGUGGAGAAAGAGAAAGUGUAACGCCCCAACACAUACCCUAGAAUUAUCAAUGAAUAAUUAUUCAAUUAAUCAAAUUUGUUUUGAUUA